GUUUUUGUGUGCUGUGUGGGGCGGACGUCGGCUAAGCAGAAGAAAAAAUAAAUAAAUAAAACAGCACCAUGUCCUUCCUUGUCGUUUUACUCAUUCUUUACAUCAUUUGGGAUGUCAACUAUUUCAUUCGCUGCAUUUUCACUGUCCUAGCUGGCCGUCUGUUCCAGGGUAAACGCAAAGUCACUGACACCACAACCAUCUAUGGUUUGUGCACCUCGCAGGAUGUCGAUAUCUUCAUUCGCCACAUGAAUAAUGCUCGCUAUUUGCGUGAAUUGGAUUUUGCACGCUUCCAUUUUUAUGCGCUGACCGGCCUGUACGAGCAAGUACGCCAGCGCAAAGGCGGUGCCGUACAGGGUGCCUCGAGCGUACGCUAUCGCCGCACCAUUCCCAUUUUCCAUCCAUACAAAAUUCAGACAAAACUCAUCUGGUGGGACGAGAAGGCAAUCUAUUUGGAGCAAUCAUUUGUGACAUUGUCGGAUGGGUUUGUGCGCGCUGUGGCCCUCUCGAAACAAUGUAUCACCAACUGUGAUGUGACGGAAGUGAUGAAGACCUUCCCGGAAGCUAGCACGCGGCCGGAAAUGCCAGCCGAUCUAAAGCUGUGGUUGGACUCGAUUGAAGUAUCUAGUCAGAAGUUGCGCAAGGAUAAGUGAAUGAGGAGUGUUCUUAAUGCUGACUUUAGUUUUUUUUUUAAUAAUUUUUAUGAUGUACAUAUACACCCACUUAUAUACUCAUAUUUAUAGGUAAUAAAAUUUUACUUUUUAUAUUUUCUUGCCAAGUAAAAG